AUGGAAGGUGAUAUACAGAAUACAGCUCCUCUGGGCGACUGCUACAAAGAACAGUGGAAGGCUCUGAGUGCUUGGUUUCUAGGACCAAGAGCCGAGAACGGUGACGUCUUCAUGGACAUAUUCAAAGACAUUUUUGAGAGGCACGUUCAGCUAAGAAACGAAUACUUUCCCGCAGACCCUGCAUACAUAACACAGACAAUGAAGUCGUCCCAAGCUUACCAUAACGAAGUUGAGGACAUGAGAGAACAACUGAUGGAAAUGCAGGAUCAGAUGAAAGGUAACGUUCCGUUCUUCUCUCCUCGUUACCAGGCUCACAUGGUGUGGGAUUGCACCCUACCAUCUCUCCUAGGCUACAUGGGGGCCAUGCUCUUAAAUCAAAACAACGUGGACUCAGCUGCUAGUCCUGUUACCACUCUGUACGAGCAGACUGUUGGGCGUCAGCUCUGUGAGAUGUUGGGCUACAACAUAGUUCCAGAUGUUGGCAUAGUUCCAGAUGUUGGCAUAGUUCCAGAUGUUGGCAUAGUUCCAGAUGAGGAGGUACCUCUAGCGUGGGGUCACGUGACUUGUGGCGGGUCUGUUGCUAACAUUGAAGCGCUCUGGGCGUCGAGGAAUAUUAAGUUUGCACCAUUAGCAGUCAGAGCUGCUCUGCUGAAUAAUGAUUCUGAGGUCGGAGCAGUGACCUUUCUCUCGGAAGAACAAGUUGGGUUAGGGCUGAAGACUCCGUUGCUGGUGUACAACAGUGAGUCUGACAGAAGGGAACAAACAAUGCUGGAAGAUUGCACAACAUGGCAGCUGUUAAAUGUGGAUAUUGAUGAAGUUUGUGACCUGGUUGAAAACGUCAUUACAUUAAUGGCACCAGUAUCUUCAGUACAAGUUGACAGAUUUAGUGAGCUUGUUGAACGCGAGAGUGUAAUGAGCGUCGGUCUGUUCAACUUCCAUAAAAAGCACUGUAUUGAGGACUCUCCUGUGUACACGGCACCUGCUAACAACCACUACUCCUGGUCUAAAGCGGGGACAUUACUUGGUCUUGGCUCAGAUGCCCUUAUUCCCAUACAGUUAGAUGUAAACUUCCGGCAGGAUGUUGGCCAUUUAAGAGAAAAACUUACGGAUUUCCUUAAAAAAGAAAUUCCAGUAAUAUCUGUAACAGCUGUGAUGGGCUCCACGGAAGAGUCCGCUGUGGACCCCAUUGCUGAUAUAUACGAUCUCCGAGAAGAGUUCAGAGCAAAGGGGCUUAACUUUGCUAUACUAGCUGAUGGUGCCUGGGGUGGAUAUUUCAAGACCAUGUUGAUCGACGAUCCGGAACCAGAUAAAAUCCCUCAGAAUCGCAGACUUUCAAUAGCCACUAAACGCAGAUUUGACGGCUUUGUCCCAUACUGUGAACUGAGUCCUUAUGUUCAAAGGCAAUACGAGCAUAUUCAGUUUGCUGACACCAUAACCAUCGACCCUCACAAGUCUGGAUUUUGUCCCUAUCCUGGAGGAGCACUUUGCUAUCGCAACGGGAAGAUGCGGUAUCAAAUAGCUCUUUGUCAACCAGUCGUCUUCCACGGUGAAAAUGAUCCCUCGAUGGGAGUCUAUGGAGUUGAAGGUUCGAAGCCAGGCGCAGCACCUGCAGGCAUAUUUAUGUCUCACAAUAUCAUUGGGUUGAGCAACAGGGGUUACGGCAGAAUACUCGGUCAAUGUACUGCCACCGCCAAACUCUUCUAUGCCAUGUGGCUGACUGUGGCUAAGGAAGAUGAUCCGUUUGUGUGCGUCCCGUUGCAAUAUCCGGAGGGUUACGACAAGGAGAGUAGCAGAAAACUAGUUGAAGAUAAGAUUGCUUUCAAAUCUAUGGCGGAGAUGUACCAAGACAGAGAUGCUGUGAAGUUCCUUAAAUCUGUGGGCCCCGACACCAUGAUCAACACAUUCGUGGUGAACUUCCGCGGAAACGAUAGUGUUCAGCUCUCUAAUAGGCUGCAGACCGCACUCUCUGAUGCCAUGAAUAUCUUUGUGGGAACCAAUGCUCACCGGGUUCCUCUCAUGCUUAUGCAAUCCAGUCUGGACGCCAAGAAACACGGCCGAGGGCUUGAAAUCUUCAAAGAGAGGGCGGGCUUGUGUACAGAUGGAACCGACAUGAACGUUAUGAUAAACACUUGCAUGAAUCCCUGGCAGGCGAGUGAAUGCAUCUCUACAAUAGGAGAUUUAUUCCGAAAGACUGUUCUCAACUGCAUAGGUCGUGUCAAAGAUUCUGUUGUUAACCACAGAUUCAUUCUAGCUGGAUCAUUUGUUGACAAAGCCGAGGAUGGAUCCAUCUUUAUUGAGUAUCUGACUAGCACUGAUGUUGACGAGCACCAGUACCAAGUUUCUGUCAAAGUAGAGCCUCAAUCUCAUGCUGAUAAAACAACGCUCAGAAGCUACAUUCACUUUUGUGGCAUGGAGAAAAUCCCUGUUGUAUUUGAAACUGUCACCCCAAGCUAUGAUGAGGGUGAUGAAAAUGUUCCGAACCUUUACAACAUCCUUCAUCUGCAAAACUGGGAUCAAAAGUUCUGUGUAAAGCUGGUAAAUGACGAAGAUGACAACACAAUCUCCCUCAAAGUUCUCGACAUUCCUCGUUAUCAACACCUCGACAUGUCUGCCACUGUGACCUACCCGGAGAAGCAGAAGUACUUUAUCUACGGCGAUUCAACAAGGACCAUCAUAGCUCACGUGAUGACGAAACUCCCGGACUUCCAGCACACGGCUACACUAGCAAGCCGGCCUCACUCUCUAACCAGCACCAUGCUGGAGAUAGGUGUGAUGGCGGAUGUGGAGGGAGUUGAAGGGGCUCCUCUUGAAAUAGCUGGAGGGAUCAGGCAGCCUCUUCAAGGAAACUGUUACGAGGUAUCCUUCGUCGGGGAACUUCAUGCUACAAUCCACACCUCUAUCAGCAUCAAGGACAAUGUGUUUUUCAGUGCUAUAUCACCGAAUGGAGCCUGUGCUUCCUAGACGCACAUGACC